ACUCUGAAGUGUGAAGUGUGAAGUGUGAAGUGUGAAGGGGGAGAAAAUAGAAAUGGCCGCAGCUAAUGCUAUACCGUCUUCUUCACCACUAGUUUCCACAACCAUAAAACAAUGCAUACUCAUACCCAUAAGACAAUUUUGUCCUCCUCCUUCUUAUUGUGAGCCCUCAAUUCGCCCCCGUAAUUUGGCAACUCGUAUAAAAAUCCUAUCAUGCCUUCCUACUACUCCCCACGCCCACAACCCUCCUCCCACCACCAAGCUCUUUGUCAGUGGGCUUUCUUUUCGGACCACGGAAGACAGCUUGAGAAAUGCCUUCAAAAACUUUGGCAAUCUUAUCCAAGUUAAUGUAGUCAUGGACCGAGUUGCGAAUAGACCCAGAGGCUUUGCUUUUCUUCGUUAUGCUACGGAAGAGGAAUCCAACAAGGCAAUUCAGGGAAUGCAUGGGAAGUUCUUGGAUGGCAGGGUGAUAUUUGUUGAAGUUGCAAAGCCUAGAUCAGAUCAGAAGUCGGCCAAGCCCAAAGGCAAAACCGGAAGCACCGACACCAUUGCAUAAAAUGCAUGCUUUACACAUUGAUAUAGUAGUGGCCUGGGAAUGGGAUCCCUCAUGGACAUUUGGGGUGCAAUGUUGAACUCAAUGCGCCUUGUAGCAUACCCUACGCAUUCAAUGCGCCGAAAAGGACAAUUUUACCCAAUAAGAUAAGCCAUUUGUUUGAAAUUUUG